AUGGCGGACGUGGAUGAGAUAUGGCGGGAGAUGCAGCGCGAGCAGCCCAAGAUCAGUGCCAAGCGGGCCGCAGUCAAGGCCGUCAAGGACUUGAGCCUCCUGCAGAAGGAGAAGCCCAAGCAAAAGAAGAGUGCUGGCAAACAGCUGGAUUCGACACUCAACUGGAUGCGGGGCUGGUCCACUGGCCUCGUCGUCGGGCAGCAGAAGGACUCGGACUUUGGUGCUUCCGCGAUGGCGGGGAUUGUCGAGGACCUCGCCGUCGCUGCGCCGCCCACAACCAUAUUGGAUACUCGGGAGGAGCUCCCGACAGGCACACCAGAGACCUUUCUGGCCUACAUCCAGCGAGACAUCAACUGCCUGGCUGAGGACACGAUGAACGUCCGCCUGCAGUCGCUUCAGAAGUUGGAGCGGAUUCUGGUGCGGCAGGGUGACAUCCUAGCAACAGACGUGGUGGACGCUGUCUUCGAUGCGAUGCUCAAGCCGCUUCUGAAACGGCUGAAGGACAAGAGCGAGAAGUGCCGCGAGCUGGCCGUGAAGAUUCUCCGCAGUCUGGUGGAGAAUACUUCUGACCUCGCCGCGGCACUGCCCUACGUUUUUCCGACGCUGGUGUCCCGCUUGGGCUGCGAGGACUUAGAUGGUGUUGCGCACCUACCAGAGAUCAUGCGGCCGGACCCUGAGCAGAAGCCCACGGAGAUCGCUCGGCCGGUUGAGGAUAGCGAGGAGGUCCGCCUCGAGCUGGGCCGCUUCGUCGCCUCACUCCUCCAGCGGUGCAGCCCGAUCCAGAUCUACUCCUAUAUCGAUGAGGCGACAGGUCUCAUCCGUGCGCAAGCGAUGGAUCCUUUCCAUGGGGUCAAGGCCCUGGCUUGCGACACCAUGGUGACGUUCUGCUACAACAACAGAGAGAUGUUACUGCACUUUGCGCUGCCGCUGGCCCGCUCACUGACGUCCUGCCUCACCCACAACCAUGCCAAGCUGCGGAUCGCUGGCCUGCGUGCUAUCACCGCUUGCCUCUUCUGUGGGGUGUGGAAGCACAACUUCGAGAUUUUCGAGGUGCUCAUGGCAUGGCAGGACCCAAACAAGGUUCCGAUCAAGGCGUUCUACGAGGGCGUAACGAAUGUCAACUACAUGUCCACCUUGAGCUUCGAUCGGCACCCGGCGGUGCGCCGGUUUUGGUUCGAAACACUCGCGUACUGGAUGAUACGAUGUGUGGACAAGGUGGAUCUGGAGCCGUACAUAGCUCCUUACCUGCUGACAGGCCUGUGCGACGAGAAUGAGGAGAUCGCCUUGGAGGUCUUCUGGCUCAUCGAGCGCAUCGGUGAGGCUUACGAGGAGGAGCACGAGGAGGACCUGGAUCCGCAGAAGCCUCAGGGCUGUUUAGGGCCUAAGGGCUCGGUCUCCGUUCGGUCAGUGCGGCAAACAGCAAAGCUACAAAGUUUUUUUUUUAAGGGUUUAGGGUUUAGGAUGAUUUCUGGGUUUAGGUUUAGGGGUUUGGGGUUGGGUUUGGGGGUUUUGGGGCUCAGGAUCUUCAAGGUUUAG